UCUUGCCCACAACCGCAGCUUUAGAUUCUCCCGAGUGGGGGAUGAAGGGGUACCACCCAGGCAGCAGUGUCCACCAGGCUUCCCUGGCUGCGAGGCUGCGAGGCCCCCCACAGAGGGCACUGUCCACCAGACCACACCACUGGCCCUGAUGUGAGUGUGGGAGCCUUGACCCAGGUGCCAUUAAGACUCAGACGGGGUCACACCAAGGACAGGUUUCGAGGCCAUGGCCCCUGGACUCUCUCAUCCUGAGUUCUCCCAUUGCUAGGAAUGUUUUUCUGGUAACAGUAGCUGAAUUGCGAUAGCCAAGCUCAUCUAUGUCUUUGGGAGAGAUUCAGACGUCUAGGCAGUUUGCCCGGCUUCACGUCGGAGAAUCUUCUAAGGAAAUCCAUGCAUCCCUCUUUGGGCUGUCUUUGCCAUCUAGCCUGUCUGGGACUGUGGAUUGUAGGUUGGUUAUCCUGUACUUCACUCCUAAUGUCCACUAAUGUGAAAGCAGCCCAUUCAUCUUCUAUAAUUUUUAUGCCAUAUCUAACUCAAAAUGCAAACAAAUAAAAUACCAAGAACUUAUAUCUUAAAAGAAGAGACACGUGCAAUGGGGGCUGCACAAAUAAUGUUUGGCCUAAUUCACAGUGCACUGGGGAUGCUCUGGGUCUUUUUGUACAAUCUAGAGGAAGAACAAUACAGUGUCGGUACUGUCGGUAUGACUGUUAUCAUCUUUUACAUGUUGGCGUCUGGAUCAUUUUUCGUCAACUCAGGGUCCAGCAGUGUAAUCCACGGUAAUGCUACAACAUGUCAGGUUGUGUUAGCAAUUGUAGCAAACAUCUUAAGUGGCUUCGUGUGUAUUAUUGGUAUAAUUAUAAUGGGCGUUGAGUUUCCAGCUUUUGAAUCAUUAGGAAAUAAAUACAUUUGGUCAAAUAUGGCUGGCAUGAUGCUUCUACAGAUCUCUGCUGUAUGUACCAUCUCAGAGAUGAUCCUUGCAAUCAUAGUGGCCCACUGGUUCAGAAGAGUGUUUGAUCAACAGAAACUCUGGGGUGAAGAUUCCACAUCUUCAAAAUCCAUAUUGGAAUCCCCAUCUCAACAUGAAAUGGAAAAAUUCUCUGGAAGCUCUGAGCCAACAUUAGUGGAAUAAGGAAUAACAUAUUAUAAUAAGUGAGAACACUGCGAUUUGGCUUUACAAGACACCUCACAGAAAAUGCACUCCAAUGAUGUCCUUGCCAGUUCUCACUUUUUCCUAGUUCCUUAAUAAAGGAUGCAAUUUGAUCAC